AUGAUCAAAACAAAUGUAAAAUUUUUCAAUAAUCCAUCAUUUCAUUCGCAUUUACAAAACUAUUUACUCAAUACACAUAAUACCGAAUGUCAAAUUCAAUUGUUAGAAACACAAGAAAUUUAUCUUACUUUAAAUGGUAUUAAAGAAAAUGUAACAGCAGCUCGUCAAACUAUCAUAAGUUUGUUCGAACAAACACACACAAAAAUUUAUGAUAUAGAAAAUACUGAUCAACAAAUGAUCUAUUGGUCAAAUCACAUUACAUCAGAUUUGAUUAUUCCUGUCAUACAACAAAUAAUGGAUCAUCAAAAUAUCUUUACUCUAUGGGAAAAAACAGCUAUGUUUUGUGGUUAUUUUAAAGUGGUUUACUUUACACAUGAAUCAUUUAAAGUUUCUGACGCUUAUAUUUCAGAGAUUUUAGAUAAAGAAAUAUUAUAUGUGAACAACAUUGUUAUGCCUAACGAAAAAACUAAAAAUCUUUUGACCAGUAUUGAUCAAUUCAUAUUCAAUAGACAACAUCCGGAAUUAGCUAUCAUUCGUUGUAAAUAUCCAUAUAAAUUAGAUAUUAAAAUUAGUUUGUUUGGACGAAAAAAUUUAGUAAAAAAAGCUAGAAAAUCAUUACAAUCGAUUAUAAAUAACCAUACAAUAAAAACACUUCAGUUGAAGAUGAAUUCAAAUCAACAUGAAUACCUAUUAGAAAAUUGUGUUGAACAAUUAAACGAUAUAGAAAAUGAAUAUAAAAAUGAUUGUGUUAAAAUCAGAAUACGACAAAAAGAAUUUAGCGCACCGCAAUAUUUAAUCGGAAAAAUAAAACAAAAAAUACAUGAACUUAUGAUACAAACAAUUAUUUGUAAAUAUCAAAAAAUUGGAAAUUCUAUAUUAUUAAAUGAUGAUAACAAUAAACAAUUUUAUCAAAUCGCUAAACGUAAUUAUUGUCGAAUAGAAAAAAUCGAAAUAAAAACUGAAACGAAUGUUUAUUCUAUUCCAAAAGCAUUAUCACAAACAUCGAAUAUAUCGAAUUCAAUUAUUCAACAAUCAAAUGAAUUUACUUCUUCAUUAUCAAUGAAAAAAAUAUCAGUUUUAAAUGGUUCCAUAGAAAUUUAUUUAACAAAUCAAAGCAUUUCCAUACCAAGAGAUGUUACCAUUAUUUCAUCUGAAGCAGGAGCUGCUGAAGAACUUAUUAAUUAUAUAAGUGAUAAUGGAUAUUUUGAAAUGAAAUCAGGCAGAAAAGUUCUAUUUCAUCGUUGGUCACCGAUUAUACCAAAUAAUGAUAGAUCAUAUCAAAAAUUUAAAAAAUCAAUUGAAAAAUUUAUUUCUUCCUGUCUACAAAGUAUUACAACAUGUUUUAAUGAUGUACGAACAAUAGCUUUUAUAACCAAUGAAUGGGAAAAUAUUGGUAUUCAACAAGAACAAUUAGCUAAUAAUCUAAUUAAUGAAGCUAAACAACAAAUCGAGUCAAGAAAAAUUGAUUGGAGAAUUUUAUUUAUGUUUAAUGAUCAACAAAUUAAUUUUUAUAAAGAAUUUUAUCAAAUCUUGAUUAAAUUACAAACAGAUCAAGAUGGUUUUGCUCAAUUUUCUUCUCUAGUAUCGACAAUUCAAAUAAUAUUGGCAGGAUCAUCAAAAUUUGAUCUAAAUAAAUGUGAAAAUGAAAUAAAUAAUUAUGUUCAAAAACAUAUAUUGACAAAUAAAAUUUUGAGUAAUGAAUUUGAUAUAAAACAAUGGGAUCAACAUAUGAUAAAUGCUUUUUAUAAAUAUUGUUUAAAUAAAUCAGUAUUACCAAAUAUUGAUCUAAUCACUAAUUCACAAAUACAUCUAAUUGGUUCAAUGUUCAAUGUUGAGAAAGCAAUAGAAAAAUAUAGAUUAAUGUCAGAAAUCUUGAAAUUAAAAUCAUCAGUACAAAUUCCACCACCAAUCAUUCCUCGAACUUCAAUUCCAACAAACAGUAAUCGUUCAAAUCCAGUUAUGAAAAUUUAUAAUAUUUAUUUCAGUUAUUGUCAACAUGAUCAAACUAUUUGUAAUUAUAUAACUACUUGUUUAAUUGGUAAAGGUUAUUCGAUAUGUGAAACACCAUCGAAUACAUCAUUAUUUCAAUCCUAUAUUGACAAAUCUGAUGUUAUAUUAGUUUCAUUUAAAGAAAGUUCUUGGCUUGCUUCACUUAUACUUACAGAAUUAUUCUAUGAUUUAUUUGAUGCUGAAAUUGAUAUUGAUUUUAAAGAUGAUUUCGAUCUCGAAUAUGAUAAAUUAUUGUCUAGACUGCUACAUCAUACAAAACCUGGUAUUACAGGUAAAAUCUAUCGAGAAACAACAGUUUUACCAAAGAUCACUAAAAGUGAUAUAGACUAUGAAGAGGCUGCAUUUGGUUAUCAAUCAAUUGCUUUACAAAAAGUGACUUCUGAACAACAUUUUGAACGUGAAAGAGUUUAUCAACAGCAACUGACAACAAAACUGAAAAAUGAAAAAAUUUCAAAUGAUGAUAUAGUUUUGUUAGUAGCAAGCUUGGAAACUAUCGUUGAUGAUUUAGAAGAAAUUCUACAAGGAGGAAAUUCAGACGCUACAUUACCUACUGAUGAAUAUGAUAUAUAUUCAAGAGGACAAAAAAAUUGGAAGUUAGAUGAAAAUUCAUUAAGUUAUAUUCGUGAGUUUUUGAAUUGUAUAAAACGUUGGUUAACUAGAUCACCAAAUGUAAUUCAAGGAAAUAUUGCACCAUUCACUCCUACUGGCGAUAUAAAUGAUGCUAUUUUCAUCAUUCAUCAACCAUCUGUACGAAAUUUUGUACCAUUUGAUUAUUCAUUAUCAGACAAAUAUUUUUCAUUGUUUAAUUCCAAUCCAGGUUCUUGUUUUAAUAAUGAGCAAUCACAUGAUUAUCUUCAAAAAUUAAUCGAAAGUAAUAAACCAACAAAUGAUAUGGAAACAAUGAUAGAAGACAAUGAAAUAGCUUGGGAUACUGUUUCUCUUUUUAAAGCUAAUAAUGAUAAUGAUGAAGAUGAAAUUGAUAAUGAAUGGAGAACACCAGAAGAAAUACGAAAACUUGAAAAACUUGAUAAUCCAAACCGUAUUUGGAAAAAUACACAAAAUGCAGACAAAUUUAUUCAACAAAAAAUAAAAAAUAUUCUUGAAUUUAAAAAAUGA